GAGAGAGAGAGAGAGAGAGAGAGAGAGAGAGAGAGAGAGAGAGAGAGAGAGAGAGAGAGAGAGAGAGAGAGAGAGAGCUCUCAAAGCAUUCAGAAGACCAAACAGACAGACGGCGUAAAGCAGUGGACUGUUAGCACACCGUCUCACCAUGCAGAGUUUACACUUCUCCCUCAUUAUGUUUCUACAGAUUUCUAUCCCUUUUGUGUCUCCUGCACCAACUCAGUGCCCGAGCCAGUGCCACUGUCACGGUGACCUGCAGCACGUCAUCUGCGACAGCGUCGGUCUGAAGAGAAUCCCCCGCAUCUCCGAGGCCACCCGUCUGCUCAACCUCCAACGGAACAACAUAGGAAACCUUCCAACCGGGGGCUUUAGCGAAAUGAAGGGGCUCAUUUCUCUGCACCUGCAGCACUGUCAGAUUCGCGAGAUCGCCAAACAGGCUUUCAAAGGACUGAAUAAGCUUUUCUACCUCUACUUGUCUAACAAUGACAUCAGCGCCAUCAAACCGGGUGCUUUUGAGGACCUCACUGAACUUACGUAUCUCUACCUGGACGGUAACCAGAUCUCGAGUCUUCCAAAGGGCAUCUUCUCUCCCAUGAUCAACCUGUUUGUCCUCCAGCUUGACAACAACAAGCUCUAUGACCUGCAGCCGGGUACUUUCACAGGUGCGGCGGAUCUCAGGUGGCUUCAUAUGAGUGGUAAUGAGAUGAGCUCCCUUCAGCCUGGUUCUCUUGAUGAAGUGGAGAACUUGGCGAUUCUAACCCUGGACCGCAACAAGCUGUCCACAUACCCUCUUCAGGCUAUGAGCAAGCUGCGAGUUAUAGAGGAACUAAACCUGUCCCACAAUCCUCUAAGCUUCAUACCUGACCACGCAUUCAGGAGUUUUGGACGCUACAUGGAGAAGCUUCAUCUAAAUGACAUGGGCUUGGAGAAGUUCUCCAACGCUGCCUUUGAAGGAGUGACCGCUCUCAAAUCUCUACACCUUGAGAACAACAAGCUGAGGUCCCUGCCGGUCAGCCUGGAGUUCACAAGCCUCCAAAACAUCACACUGUUUAACAACCCAUGGAGCUGCACCUGCCCGUUAACAAACCUCAGAAAAUGGAUGGACAAUAGUCGCCAGCGUCUGACUCCUGACGCCGUUUGUGCUUCCCCUGGAAACCAGAAAGGCAAGCAAAUAAGGGACAGCACUGCUUUCGGCCGUUGUAAGGCAAAGACGAAGACAGACCGAGCCAAGAAGGGAACACGACCUUGAGAUGGAGGACAAAAAGAAGACUGUCCAGUUGAUGGAACUUCAAGUGCAGAAAAUAAAAUCAAUGCAAAAUACUCAACAAAUGUCAACUUCCUCCGUCACACUUUUUAUGCGACAUUUAUAUGAACGGAUACUAAAUAGCAUGAAUAGGAUAAAUAUGUGUUUACAAACAAUGACGAGCAUCCAGAAGGAGCAACAGUGUGCAUUUGCAAAGUGACAUUUUGGAAAAAUUGCUGCAAAAGGAAAAGAAUAGUAUGCAUCAGUAUACUAAAAUAAACAUGGUUAAAGGGAUAGUUCACCCAGAAAUGAAAAUUCUGUCAUCAUUUACUCACCCUCAGAUUGUUUCAAACCUGUAUAAAUGUCUUUGUUCUGCUAAACACAAAGGAAGACAUUUGGAAGAAUGUCAGUAACCAAACAGACCGUGUCCCUCAUUGACUCCCAUAGUAUUUAUUUUCCCUACUACAGCAGUAAAUGGGGGAUGAGGUCUGAGGGUAAGUAAAUGAUGACAGAAUUUUUAUUUUUGGGUGAACUAUACCAGAUCUGUGACAUCUCAGAGCUUACAUCACUCCUGAUAUCCUGAGUUCAGUGAUAAGCAGGUUCAGAUAGCAUUUGUUAUUCGGUGGAAGGAUUUAAGCAGUUAAAUGUGUUAAAGGGGGCUUGUAGUGCUACCCUUUUACUGGCAAUUGUAAGUAUUAUCUGAAUAUGCUAAAUAUUUAAUAAAAAUAACACAAAAAGCAAUUAUGUGAUGAAAUUUGUUAAUAUUAUGUGAUAAGCACUACAUUUACGCAUCAUUACAUCUAUGCUACAUUAAUAUCACAGGAUGAUUUUGUCACAUAUAAUAAUAACAAAGAGGUCCUUCCCCUUUUGCAUAGAACUUAGUUGGCAUUUCUGUGUAUUUUAAGUGAAUACAAAUUUGUGUAUUUAUACAAAUUUGAGCUAUUUUUAAUUAACAUCCAGAGCAGUUCUGUGUUGAAUUACCAAGACUUGCUUGACUACAUGUCUGAGGUAAGUUUUAUAUGUUCUGCUGUCUGUACGAUAAAGCCUAUACCGAAAUUAUGAAAAACAUACUUUUGAAUGAAAAACAUAGCUUGAAUAUUCACUAGCAUGGAAAAUCUAUAAGCAAAGCCAAAAUGUUUCUUAAGGAAUUCAAUACAAAUGGUCAGCAUACUAUGGACCUUGUUGGUUCUACUUAUUGUCAGUUAAUGGUCACUUCAUACUGUCAUUAGCAUGGUAGCAGAACCAAGAACUUACAAUAUACAUUUAUUCAUUUAGCAGACGCUUGUAUAACCCCAACAGCCAUGUCUGACCCAAGUUUUAGAGUGCUUUAUGAAGGUUCUUGUGAGGACAACUUAAUAGGUCUAACAAUGUCCUGCAAGGAAUUUCUGAGGCUAACAAACCUAACCUGACGGUGACUGAGAUACGACUGACACAUACUCACGAUCUGACCUCUUUACAUCUUUGACUUCUUGUUUCGUGUUGUUUUUGGUCAAAAGCUUCUUAAGACAUGAGACAACAAAAUGAAAACACUGUGGUGUUAGAAGAUUCAAAGGGAUACAGUGGUUCACUGAAAAAUAAACAUUCUGUCAUCAUUUCAUGAUCCUCAUGUUGUUCAAAACCUGCAUGACUCAGUGUGCAUACACUACAUUUACUAAAAAUGAAGCCUGAGAAAUAAGCCGGGGUGAGUGGUUUAUAUAAAAAUGUAUCCAAUUUCUGUUUGCAGAUUUUUAGAAAUGUACCAAUGUACUACAAAUUUUAAGACUGUUGUCUUUGUCUCCCUCUAGUGAUAUAAUUGACUUAUUGCACAUAAUUACAAUUGUUUGAUUGACAGCAAACAACAACCCAUCUGUAUUAUGAAAAGAUUUUCAUGUUU